AUGUUCUCGGGCUCAAACUCCUACCUGGGCGGUGCCAAUCAAGGCCGUCCAGGCCAACAGCAAUAUGGCCAGCAACCACAGCAGUCCUUCAGCGGCUUCGGCCCUCAGGCUACAGGUUACAUGCAGCCGCAAUACACCGGCAUGCCUCCCAUGCAGCAGCAACAAUCUCUACAGCCUCAGGCCACUGGUUUCCCUCCCAUGCAGCAGCAGCAGUCUCUACAACCUCAGGCAACUGGUUUCCCUCCCAUGCAUCAACAAUCUCUACAGCCUCAAGCCACUGGCUUCCCACCGCAACAGCAGCAGCCUCAGCAGAACCAAUUCCAAGGUGGUCUCAUGCCCCAAUACACCGGCUACCCUCCCCAGCAACAACAGCAACCGCCGCAGCAGCAGUUCCAAUCGCCCCAGCCGACUGCUGCUCCUCAGCAACAACCUCAGCCCACCGGCAUGACCUCGUCGCAGAUGGCCGACUCCUUCCGUUCCACUCCUGCUCGCCAGCAGCCCCAACCUACCCAGACAUCCUCCCAAUCCUCCAGAAUCCCAAACAUUCGUCUGUCCUUCAUCACCGCUCAGGACCAGUCCAAGUUCGAGCAGCUCUUCAAGUCUGCCGUUGGCAAUGACCAGGCUCUCUCUGGUGACAAGGCCAAGGACCUUCUCCUUCGUUCAAAACUCCCAGGCGAUGCCUUGUCCCAGAUUUGGAUGCUCUCGGAUACCACAAAGUCUGGUCAAUUGCUCUUCCCAGAGUUUGCCUUGGCCAUGUACCUAUGUAACCUGAAGCUCACUGGAAAGGACCUCCCUGCUCAGCUUCCUGAAAGAGUCGUCAACGAGGUCUCUAGCAUGGUCGAUAUCAUUUCCUUCGGUGUUGCCGAUGCACAACCCGCCUCGCAGCCUUCCACCAAUGCGCCAAGCUUCCCCGAUGUCCCCACUAUCCAGGCACCUCAACCUCAAGCUUCGAACAGCCAGCUUCUGUCGCAAUUGAACCCUCAACCUACAGGCUUCCAGCCUCAACAAACUGGCUUCCAGUCGCAGCCCUUCCAAUCUCAGCCUACUGGCCUACAGCCUCAGCAGACUGGCUUCCAACCUCAAUCCACAGGAUACACUGGUCCUCGUCCUCCUAUGCCUCCCAUGCCGACUGGCUUUGGUCAAGGCUUGUCGCCACAACCCACUGGUUUCCCCAUUGCACCUUUGAAUGCUCAGCCUACUGGUCGUCCUGGUCAGUGGGGUCUUGUCAACGCCCCUGCCUCUGGUCUACCCAACCUGCAAGCUCUUCAACAACAAAUGAUGCCUCAACCUGGUCGCGAGACUGGUUUCAGCACUGCCGGUCUUCGUGGUAAUGCCACAGUCCCAUGGGCCAUCACCAAGGAUGAGAAGAAGAUCUAUGAUGACAUGUUCAAGGCUUGGGAUGGUUUGAGCAAGGGCGCAAUCAGCGGUGCCACAGCGAUUGAGAUCUUCGGUCAGAGUGGUCUCGAGAAAGACGACCUUGAGCGCAUCUGGACCUUGUCAGACCCUCACAACAGGGGUAAACUCAAUCUUGAUGAGUUUGCGGUGGCUAUGCAUUUGAUCUACCGCAGAUUGAACGGUUAUCCUGUACCAGCCAAGCUUCCUGCUGAGCUUGUGCCUCCUUCUACUAGAAACCUCAAUGAUGCCAUUGGAACCAUGAAAUCGCAUCUCUCACAAGAUGCACAAUCAAGAAGAAGCACUGGCGCAUUCUUGCAGCCUCAAAAGACCGGUGUCAGCUACCUCAAGAACCACUCUUUCGCAGGUGCAGGUGCAAGCAUUGCUGGACCUCGCAAGGAUGCCACCGUUUAUAAGAACAACGAUGAGGACGUUGGUUACCGCUCAUCUGCACGUCGUCGCACAGGUGAUCCUGGUCGUACUGCAUCUCCUGCUCAGGAGAAGCCUGUAGAGGAGAUGUCGGUUGAUCAAUUGAAGAAGGCUAUUCGUGAGAAACAGGUUCUCCUUGAUGCCAUGGACUUUGAGGACGAGGGUAGAGCCGACGAGGAGGAUGCUCUCGAUCGCAAGGACCGCAAGGAAGCAGAUGAGCUUUACAGACGCAUUCGUCGCAUUCAAGAAGAUAUCGAUGGACACCCAAAUUCUGGAUUCCGUACUACCGACUCGGAUGCUGAACGUAGAGCGCUUAAGAGACAGCUUCAAACGUUAUCCGAUCGCCUGCCGGAAUUGGCUUCUCACGUUCGACGCUGCGAGAGAGCCAUUGCAGAUGCUCAACUGGAAUUGUUCCGCCUCAAAGAUGCUAAGGCCAACCCCAGCUCGGCUCCUGCCAUCGUCGGUACUGGACCUGGAGGUGCUGUGACUGAGUCUGAUCGUCUCAAGGCAAGAGCCAGGGCAAUGAUGCAAGCUCGUUCUGCCGCGCUCACAGGCAAACCUGCUCCCGCUGGUGCUUCGAGUGAUGACGGCGCCGGUGCUGCCAAGAGAUUGGAAGAUGAGAGUAAUCGUGUCCGUCUCGAAAGAGAAGAGAAUGAGAGAAUGGUACGCGAUGUCGAGGACUCUGUCACUGAAUUCAGCAGAACCAUCGAGUCUAGUCUGAAAGAAGGUGUUGAGGAUGCUGCGACCGAGCAUGAGAGAAGAAGAUGGGAAGAUGGUCUUGGUGUUGAGGACGAGGUCAAGGAUUUCAUUUUCGACAUGCAAAGAAGCAGCAGAACUGCUCGUAUUCGCAAGGACGACCGUAGCGGUAGCGCCCGUGUCGAGAGCCCUGCUCCUAGAAGCGAGACACCUCGUGGAGGUUCUUACAACACUUACAAGACCGCAGAGGAUCGCGCGGCCUUUAUCAAACAACAAGCUGGGCAACGCAUGGCUGAACGUCUUGCUGCAUUGGGUUUGAAAGCACCCACUAAGCCUGCCGAGUCUGCACAGCAACGUCAAGAGCGUGAGCGUAAGGAACGUGAAGAUCGAUUGCGCCAGGCAGAACAGGAAGAUGCACGUAGAGAAGAAGAGAGACAACAGAGACUGGCUGGUGAAAGUAUCGCACCUCCUACGCCUGAGAAGUCUCUCGGAAAGAAAGCCCCUCCCGCUCCUGCACCUCGCAAGAACCGUGGCGACUCUGUUGGCAAGCAGGAAGAGCAACAAGCCAAGGCCGAGGCUCAGAGAUUCGAGCAGCAGCAAAUGGAGCAGGCCAUCAAAGAACAACAAUCAGCUCAAGCAUCGGAGACCAAGGAACUCGAGGAUGAGGAGCGUCGACAGGAAGAAGAGCUCCGCAAAGAGCGUGAGGCUGCUGCUGAACGUCUUCGUGCACUCGAAGAGCAAGUCCGCCAGGGCAAACUCAAGAAGGCAGAGGAGAAGAAAAAGAGACAAGCAGCUUCAAAGGAGGCUGAAGAGAAGGAAGCUCGUCUUGCCGCUCAACGUGCUGAGAUUGAAGCUGCUAGAGAAAGAGAGCGACAACUACAGCUGCAGCUUGAGAGCAUGAACGACGACAGCUCGGACGACGAAGAUGGACCCCAGACCAUUACUCCCAUGGAAAGCACACCCGCUGCUAGCCAGGAGCUGCCAAGGGAAGUGUCUCCCGCACCUCCGGUAGAAGCUGCUCCUGCACCUCCGAGCGCUCCUGCUCCUCCACCAGUACCCACCACGGUGAUCAGCCCUCCAGAGGAAUCGAAGAAUCCAUUCUUCAAGAGCAUGAACCAGCCCGCAGCUCCUUCUGCGCCUAUCUCAUCACCUGCUGCCGCUGACGCCGCUUCAACCAACCCCUUCCACCGUUUCACUCAGCAAGAUACCAACAAGACCGCCAUGCCCGAGCCUGCUGCACCAUCAGCUCGUCGCACUGCCAAGCCAGCAGAUGACGAUGACUGGUCUGUCGUCGACUCGGAGUCCUCCGACGAGGACGACGAUGGCCCUACCGGUGGCAGCGCCAAACAACUCGCCUCAAUGCUCUUCGGAACUAUGGCGCCACCACGCCCGCUAUCAGCCAUGGAGACCGGCUCGCCCGCUUCUGCCUCACCUGUACCUCCAGCAACCUUGCCACCGCUUCCUCCACCAACACCCGACGUGCCAGCUCCACCACCCAUGCCGGAAGGUGGUGUUGUGCCACCUGCUCCUCCACCGCCGCCACCAAUGCCUUCGACUGGCGCACCACCUCCUCCCCCGAUGCCUACUGGCGGCGCUCCUCCACCACCCCCUAUGCCUACAGGCGGUGCACCUCCACCUCCUCCCAUGCCUUCGGCUCCCGCAGCCGGAGGUGGUGCUAAGCCUAACAUUUCCGGCCUUUUGGGAGAGAUCCAGCUGGGCAAGGGACUUAAGAAGACGGUCACCAAAGAUAGAAGUACUUCGACCACCGCCGGUCGUGUCUUGGAUUAG